GUCAGCCUUGAUCAGGAUUUAGAUGUUUCACAGUAGCUGCCCUGCUUAGUGGGCUAGAGGAUGUACGGUGAUGGAGAGGGCACAGUGUGGGACCGGGUCGGGCGGCCCCACCGGGACUGUAUGUGCUACCUUGGACCUCCUACUUUGAUGCCCAUCGGGAUGCGCAAGUCGCACGACGUGAGCCCCAGAAGGCUUUCGGACAUCAGCCCUCAGCUCAGGCAGCUCAAGUACCUGGUGGUGGACGACGCCAUCAAGGAGGACCUCAAGUCCUCGCGCUCGGUUGAGGACAUCAACAGCGCGUCGAUAGAAGAGCGAAUAUUGCGUAUCACCGGCUAUUAUGGAUAUCAGCCCUGGAACGCAAGCUACAAGAGAGAGGACCGCAUCAGGGAGACGGGGGUGGGCACCACAGACCCUCAGACGGCUGGCGGUACGGCCGGAGUGGAGUCCGGCACCAGCAAACCGAAGCUCCACUGCUGCAUCCGGGUAACAACCGUACAGGUGCAGAAGGCCCUGUGGGGGGUCGUCAUGGUGAUGUGUGUGUGCUCCUCCUGGGCUGGGUCCACCCAGCUGGCCAAGCUGACCUUCAAGCAGUUUGACGCCCCCUUCACCCUCACCUGGUUUGCCACCUCCUGGAACUGCCUCUUCUUCCCCCUUUACUACAUCGGCCAUCUGUGCAAGAGUCCAGAGAGGCAGACGCCCAGACAGAGAUUCCGGGAGUGCAGUAGGUUUUUCGGGGACGACGGGCUCACACCCAAGGUGUUUUUCACAAAGAUAGCUCCUUUUGGCCUGCUGUGGAUCCUCACCAACUACCUGUACCUGCAGGCCCUCAGGAAGAUCAACACAACAGACGUGUCGGCGCUCUUCUGUUGCAACAAGGCCUUCGUCUUCCUGCUAUCCUGGAUUGUACUUAGAGACCGCUUCAUGGGGGUCAGGAUAGUAGCUGCUAUCUUGGCCAUAGCAGGGAUUGUAAUGAUGACCUAUGCUGAUGGGUUCCACAGCCACUCAGUCAUCGGUAUUACUUUGGUGGUGGCCUCUGCUUCGAUGUCAGCCCUCUUCAAGGUGCUCUUCAAGAUGGUCCUGGGCAGUGCCAAAUUCGGAGAGGCUGCACUCUUUCUGAGCAUUGUUGGAAGCGCCAACUUUGUUUUCAUCAGCUUUGUGCCGCUCAUCCUGUAUUUUACACAUGUGGAGUACAUCGGCUCACUGGCAGACAUCCCCUGGGCCUACCUCUGUGGGGUCGCAGGCCUGCUGUUUGCUUUCAACGUCUUGGUGAACUUCGGCAUUGCCAUAACAUACCCGACAUUAAUCUCCCUCGGCAUCGUCUUAAGUGUUCCUGUAAAUGCCAUGGUAGACCUCUACACGUGUGAGAUUAACUUCAACACAGUGCGCCUCAUUGCUGUGUUCAUCAUUUGCCUGGGCUUCCUCAUGCUGCUGCUACCUGAGGACUGGGACCAGUGCAUCAUCCAGCUCAGCACGAAGCUACGCAAGCGGGACGAGCCAGCUGAGGGCAGCGCAGAGGCCGGCGCCACCACAGGGCUCAACUGGAGAGGGCGAGCCAGGACCUCCAUGUCAACGUUUGCACAUUGACUCCAUGACACGUUACCAUGCAAACACGCACCGAACACACAGACAGUCGACGGGAGGAAGACACAUUAACACCUCGGAAGGCCCAGGCGGGGGCAUUUGACCCGUCUGGUGACCUGCACUCUCCCUGACUGGAAAAAGUUUCUCAGACUGACCUCUGAUCAGUAACAUUUCGGUCAAAGGGGGAGAUGCAGGAGACCCCGACUGUGUAUCAUUAGUUCUGUGUCCAUUCCACACAGAAGUUAUGAGAGUUGGUGCAUGGACAUGGACAAUAAUAAUUGUUGCCCUUCUUUCCCAAAAGAUCAUCAGGUAUGAUAAAGAUUGGGUCAUGUAUUCAUUUUGCUCUUCAUCAUUCCAUGGACUCACGACAUCCUUGCGCCUGGGAAGACUUGCCAACUUGCCUGAUAUCUUUCAGUUCAGAGAAAAAAGAAAAGAAACUUAGUGGAGGCCGGCCUAACUCCAUGCGGACUCGCUGUCAUUCACACGUUCACAUUUACAGGACACACCUUUACGAUCCAAAGAAGAAUGGCUAAAAUGCUAAAUGCCUGAAAACAAAAAAGGGAGGCUGUCCAUCAGGUGUAAACUUAAUGACAAACACCUGCCUUUCGUGCACUGUACACAGCUGUGCAUCACGCCGUGACGUCCCGGAGCUCGUCGGGUGUGAAUGGACUUGUCUGAACACCUGAGCAUCAAUCUGAGACGAAGAAGCUUUUGCAACUCCUCUCGGUCUGUCCGUCCUGAGAGGUCAGAUCCUUUUUGGCCACACUGAUUGGCCUCCUGCAGUUACGUGCUUUCCUCGGGCUAAACUCCCACCGUCGAUGCUGACAGCCAUUGCUCCGGCUCACGGUUAAGUCACGAGAGAUCUCAAACCAGAAGCUCUAUUGCAGAAGUCCUCAAUGCAUGAGAUGGUUGAUUUUAGUUUGUCAAAAAGUGAGAGCGCUUUCAGUCCAUCCAUAAAACCACACAUUCACUGUCAGACACCGGCAGAAAACAGUUUAUUAACCAAGCGAUAUAGGCAAUACAUGUAUGAACAGGAAAAGUAUUGUCAUUCAUAUAUAAUAUAAAAUGUGUUUUGAAUUGUCCGUAAGCUUUUAAAACUAUUAACUGGCCCAUUAAUGUGACGGGUAUACAAAUCUUUGGAUGGACUAAACACACUAACAGCUUAUUAUGACAUGAAAACUUAGAACUACCCCUUUAAUAACUUUGAACAUCCACCAUAGCCAUCACUGAGCCUCCCUUUGCAUUGUUAUCACGAAACUUUCUGGACAUACAGUAAAUGCACACAAACUAAUCUGCAGCAAUUAUCACUUAUAUAUAUUUUUUGCCCGAUGAACAAAAAGAAGUAGAAGAGAAACAGUGACGUCUCCCUGUGGCUUGAGAAGAGGUGUGCUAACACAUGAGACUAACUCCCAUUUGUCCACCUCUGCUCUUUAUCAUAAACUGUCUUAAUGUAUCGGUUUCCAUCAAUCGCAUUUCUGAGGCAAGAUAACAACCAAGAGGAACCCGAGAUGGACGAAGGCCGGCGCAUGGCAAAGCUACUCGUGGUAACUCCGCCUUGUUGUGAAUGUAUGAACAUCACUCGACCACACAUGCUCGUGCCAUCAGUUUUUUACACACCAGACUGCUGCAGAGACACUCUUUAAUACGAUCCUUCUUGUACUCAUCUGAGUUGUUUUGGAACAAACUCUUAACUCAUCUUACAGAACUUUUUUAUAUGUGUUUGCGUUUGGUUGCUGACCUCGAGAGGACAGCGAGAGACAUCUGCAGGACGUGCAUGCCCAUACUGUGUGAGUGGAUACAGCUGGAGUCCACUUCACUGCCUUUUCUUUCUUUUGCAAUAGAAAACAUUAGCACUGUUUCCCAUUGUCAUGAUCUAUGACAAUACAUUAUAAUAUUGUAUUCCUCUGGAAUUAUUGUAAGACAUAAAUGUAAACCUUUGUAAGGAAUGAUGAUUUUUACACUGAGAUGCAACAUAUGAUUAUCACAUUUGAGGAGAAACUAUUUAGAGAGAAUAAAUGAUGAGUUUAUUAGAUCAACUGUUGGGUGUCUUCAAGUGUAAUCACAUGUGCUAUAUAAAAUAUUUCUUUUCAAUACAC